AACUGAGUGCAGUGCACAUUAUCUCGUCUUUCACACAACAUAUAUCUUAUACUUGCACUCCUGUUUGGAUAACUGCAACUUCUAUCGAGAAACAUAAUAYAUAUUUCGUCAGAUUCGAGCUCAUCAAGCUCUUACAAUAUGGCCACAGCAUUUAUCUUAUUUGUCACCACUUCUUUAAUGGUGACAGUGGCGUUGGGCCAGCAACGCCCCGUCCCGCCAGCAUUCACCAGACCCACGGUGCAGGGUCGUGGCAUUGCUCAACUGAACUUGGACCCGCAGCAACAGGUACCACAGCCAUUUCGCAGGGUCUCUUUGCCCCUAUACAGAGGUCGAGGGUUCAGUCUGGAGGGACAAGAACCGAAUAAGCCUCAGAUGACGCAGCAGACGUUCCAGUCGAGACCGGUAGAAAACGUGGACGUUGAUACGACGGCGAACGUCGACACGCCCCAGCCCACCAGGCAAGUUCCACAGCAUCAAUUUGAGAGAACACAGCAACAGCAAGUUGACAGGGUCCAACAGCAACAAAACAUUGACAGAAUUCAGGCUCAGCCUGAAAAACAGUUCCCCGGAUUCCGGCCCCAGCCACAGAUACAACCCAUUGAAUCACAACCAAAUUUYGUGAGGAAGRUCGUGCAGAGGCCGGUGAAACGAGUACGAGUCACCGAAAAUACGGAAGUUGUUUCUAAAUCUCCGGAAACAAUACAGAGAAUGAAACUUGAACGAACAGAGUCUGCCGACAAACAACGGGCAAAGAAGCCGGUGUCUCAGGUGUUGAGGCGGUACAGAGACGACAACCCGGACGGUAGCAUCACUUGGGGUUUCGAGAACGAUGACGGUACGUUCAAGGAGGAGACCAUCGGCGUGGACUGCGUGACUCGCGGCAAGUACGGUUACAUAGACCCAGAGGGCGUCAAGCGCGAGUACUCGUACCAAUCGGGCAUACCGUGCGAUAUGGACAGGCGACCGCUGACCGCGCCGCAACAACAACAGCAGGGCGCCGGGUCAUCCGCAGUACAAGAGGCGCAGGCCAGCGACAAAUCCUACGGUUACAUUGACUACACCAAGAACCAGUAUGUCAUGGCCAACGGACAGACGAUCGACCUGAACGGCAUGGCCAAGAACAGGGCGCGAAAACCGGUGGUCCGAAAGACCGUCUCAGCCGACCAACGCUUCUGAGGCGUCUGCACACGCGUGUCCCGUCGCAUAAUAUUAUAUGUAUCGCAUCCCUCCCCAACAGCAGCGUAUUAUUAUUAUCAUUAUUAUUAAUAUUAAAUCAACAACGAUAUAGGAAACUGCAAUGUAAAGAGUGCUCGAAUUGGAAAUCUAAAUUUAGAGACACAUACACAAUACACUCGUAACUGCUUAUUAUAGACGAAAAAAAAAUAGAGUCCUUAGAAAUUUUUAAACGACAUUCAUCACCGGGAUUUGAUACCUGUACAAACGUAGAAAUAUAAUAUAUUAUAUGAUAGUAUGCCAGAAUAUCAGAUGAAUCAUAUUACGUUAUUAUUAUCUCAAAAACUAUUAAUUAUGUUUUUGAAAUAACAACUUUUUUUUAAUAACUUACAUUUUAUUUUAUUUAUCCCAGAGCAUAAUAUUUUUAGAAUACUUCAACCAACAAAAAUUGAAUUUCAGACGAAUAGGUUGGGUUUACAUUUCUAAGUUUUGUUUUGCGGAAUGGAUAAGUACAAGCCGUACAACGGUACACUUACAAUAUGUUUAUUCUGCAAUAUACUUUGCUUAUCAUCUAAACUUUAAAUACCUAAUUGUAAAUAAUAAAUAACUAGUUCAAUAUUUGAUUUUUGUAUAAAUAGAAAUAC